AUGUCUCCCAUUGAUUGGUGAAAAUAUAUAGUAGAGACUUUUCGCAACUGCACAGUAUAUCCUGGAACUCCCUUAACUCUCCGUAUAGCAUUACAAUUCCCCUUCCUAUUGUCUGUGAUUAAUCUCCCGAAGGUUGUGUAGUGCAUUAGACACGAUUAUUCACCAUUAAACAGAGCCUGAGAUAGUUUUCGCUUAAAAUAUCAUCCUUUGAAGUGCUCUGUGAAGUGCUAAGAAAAUGUCAGCCACCCAACUACUUCAGGAAUUGAUAAAAGCAUCUGAAAAAGCGGCAAACAUAGCCAGGGUUUGUCGCAAAGAUGAACACUUAUUUGGAUUACUUAUACAAGAAAAACCUAAAGAUGAGUCAAAUUCAAGAUUUGAACAUGACUUUAAAACCUUGGCUGAUUGUUUGAUCCAGGAAACUGUUAAAUAUGACAUCGGAAAACUGUUUCCAGAACUUCGAGCAAACAUUCGAGGAGAAGAGAAUCCUAAUUUUACUAAUGCUUGCGGAGAUUCUGUUGUUAUUUCAGUUUCAGAUGAUAGAAAUGAAACUACGGAAAAUCUUCAGAAGGUUUUGAAUGGUGACAAAACCGCUGCUUUACGUCUGGUCGAGGAGGUGUAUCGAGAAAUCGAUUUGGAUUAUGACAAGUUGCAAAUUCCUAGUGAAUCCGUGUCACUUGACCAUGAGAUUUCUGAAUUGGGAAUUUGGAUUGACCCAAUUGAUGCCACGGCAGAAUAUAUUCAAGCGAAAGAAAAAUAUUCAAAAUUUCAAAAUAUCAUGGCGUCAGGACUGAAGUGUGUGACUGUUCUUAUUGGCGUAUUUGAGACUGUACAAGGCAAUCCAAUUAUUGGCGUUGUGAAUCAACCCUUUGCCGAUGAACCAGAAACGAACGAAUUUGAGGGGAAAGUAUACUGGGGUCUUACAAUUGGUGAUUUGAAAUACAACAAUAUCGUAUCUAUCGAAACUGAAGACAGAAUAGCUGUUUUAUCUCCUACAGAACAAUCAAAAUACGUAGAGUUUCUUAAGAAACAAUUAAAAUACGAUAUUGUAUACUCAUCUGGUGCUGGUUAUAAAAUAUUGAAAGUUUGCACUGGAGAAGCAGAGCUGUUUUUGCUAAGCCGAGCUAACACUUACAAGUGGGAUACUUGCGCCCCUCAAGCGAUUUUACGUUCGUUAGAUGGAGAAUUGUUUGAUUUGCAAGAUACACUCGUGAAUAAAUCUCUGAAGAAAAUUUCAUAUCGUGAUACCAAGAUCACUCGUAAUACAGGUGGUUUAAUCGCAUAUCGAAACAUCGAAAAAUUCAAAGAUUUUCUCAAAAUGUAAAUAGAGCCCAAACCCACCUUUUAUUGUAUGCCACAAAGAAAAAUGUAUUGAAAAGAGUAAACAUUAUUAAUCCCAAUCAAUUUAUUGGAAAUAGCGGCUGUUGGUUGUUGUCGUACUUACCAUAUUGAAUGUUGAGCAAUAGAUAAAUUACUUAACGUAUACUGUCCCAGAGGAUUAUAUCAAAAUCCUAAUGCCGAAUAUAAAAUCGAAUAGCUUACAUUAUGAAAUAUGUUAUUGCUUAUUUAUAAUUAUAGAUCUCAAAGAGUAUAUCGUAUUCUGAACUAAUAGUACAAAACUAAAUCUCAACACAUGAUUCUAUAUUUCUUGCAAAUUUUAAAAUUGAUUCUAAAAUUAUUCUAAUAAUAUUUAUGUCUUAAACUUCAUUUCGAUCAUUAUGUUUGUGUAUAUUUUCUUGGGACUCAAUUCUAAUAAUUCAUCUAUAUACCAUGUUCCUAUACUUUCAGCGUUAACUGACUCGGAUAGAGAUUAUUGAUUAGACCUAUCCCUUUUGAUUCCCAUGGUUUUUGAGCCAUCGUUAUAUAUUGAGUCAAAAUCCAUAACGAAUAUUUAACAUUUGAUGUCUAAAAGUGAUAAAUCGAUAUUAUUAAAAUGCUGAUAAUAUUCGUAUUAGACAGAAGAUGCUUUUCCAAAUGAUGCAUUAUAAUACUAGCAGAAGUGUCAGCACUAUCGAGAUGGUACUACAAUAACAAAGAUAUCGUUCAGAGAGUUGUUCUAUAAUCUGUGAAUAUGUUUAAAAAUAGAAUGCAAUAGGGAAACAUGAUGCGUGAUGCUAUUUAGAUGACUUUUAGAUUGAUGCAUUUAUUGUAUUAUGGAUCCGUUAUCCAGGUAUCCGUUUCAGAUCAUGUAGCUGUUUUGCAGAAAUAUAUAUAUAUACAAGUAUCGAUAAUCAUUCAGCAAAUGAGUGUUAGCAAGAAACGAAUAUUGAACAAGCAUCAAUUAGCGAAGCUUUAAUGUAUAUUUAGAAAUAGCUGGGCAUUAAAAAUGCCAGACAAUGUUUAUGGUGUAAAUGUCAUUUAACCAACACUAAAUAAAAUAUUUGUGAAAUCAA